AUUCAAUGUAUCUCGUCAAGUGCGUCAGUCUGCUAAAAUCAUUCGAACAAGAAAGAAUCGAAAAGAAAAGUUCUCUUAAGCGAAAAUAUGUUUUUCAAUAACGUACGAAGUAACACAUUUGUUCAAUUUUUCACCGGAAAUUCAAAAUAUUUACCGAAAGUAGUGAGACGAUUCAAUCGAACUUUUUAUAAGAGUGCCCUAUGUACCGGCAAAAUAAAUGUUCAAAAUGAUGAUAAAUAUGUGGUGUUGAAUUGUGAUGAUAGUAAAAGUUUAAAGUAUCCAAUAGUUUGGCUAAGAGACAACUGUCAAUGUAAGGAAUGCUUUCACGGUGGUUCAAUGAGUAGAAUUAUUGAUUGGAGUAAAUUCAAUGUGAAUGUUAAAAUCGACAAUAUUUCGUUCAACGACACAGCGGCGGAAUUGACUAUAAAAUGGAACGACAAUCAUUCUUCCGUGCAUAGCUUCGAUUGGUUAAGGGAACGCAGUUUUGAUUAUGCCAAUCGACGGGAGUACUUGGACACAUUCUAUCGACCGAAAAAAACGUUGUGGAAUAAGGACGGCUAUAACCAAGUGUUGGACAAAUAUAAAUUUAUAGAUUUGAUGUACGAUAAUGAAGCUCUUAGAUCCUGGCUGCAAUCCUUAUCCAAAAACGGCGUUUCAAUUAUUGAAAAUACACCGCACUCCGAACAGGAAUGCCGAAAGCUGUGCGAUCGUGUGGCGUUUAUUCGUAAAACCCACUACGGUGAAGAGUUUACGGUCCAAGCCAAACCAAACACGUCGAACGUAGCCUAUUUGUCAACGCCACUGCAAUUGCAUACUGAUCUCCCAUAUUACGGCUACAAACCCGGCGUAAUUCUAUUGCAUUGCUUGACACAGUCUCAAUCGUCCGGAGGUUCGAAUUUGUUGUCCGAUGGUUUUUUGGCGGCUGAACGAAUGAAAUUAGACUGGGAAAAGUAUUACGAGAUCUUGACGACCACAUUGGUGGAUUGGUGUGAUAUUGGCGAAGAGAAUGGUGAGAAGUUUUACAGCUUACAUCGGGCACCAAUUAUUAGUUUGGACCAUGACGGAAAUGUUGAUGGAAUCAACUACAGUGUACCACAGAGGGACAGUCGAUUUUCCAUUUCUAUUGAUAAGGUGGACGAGUGGUACAAGGCUAAAGCCAAAUUUGUUGAGCUGAUUCAUGAAGAAGCAGUUACGUUUAAGACUAAACCAGGAGACAUUCGAUAAUACACGUUGUCUGCAUGGUCGUACCGGAUACACAGAUCAAGCCAAUAAUACUAGACACUUGAUCGGUGCUUAUUUGGACUGGGAUGAAAUUUACUCCAGACUUCGGGUUCUGACGCUGGCUAAAGAGAAGUCAACCUUUCCACGGCACUUAUAUUGGAGUGAUUCGUUCGGCAUGAGAACGGCCCGUCAAAUGGAAGUGAAACGAAUGUCGAAUUAAUUUUUCGUUUAUUUAACAUUGAACUCUUCCUGUUUUUUUGUUGAGUUUUCUUAAAAUUAAUUAUUUUUUGUUUAUAUAAAUUCAAAUCACAUGAUUUUAAUGAUGAAGCACACUAAAUUUAAAAUUACAUUUUUUUAUAUACUUGCAAGACGUUUCGUAAAAUAUGGAUUCUAUCCGUCUUUUGUGUUUCUUUUAAAAGUUUUGUUUUUGUCUUCUUUCUAUUAGAAUAAAAGCAGCAGAAUUUUUAUGUUUUCGUUUUUUCAAAUCUUUUUGCAGCACCAUCUCGUUUUGAUUUUUUACUUUUUUUUUAAGUUUAAUUUUGCUACCGUCCGAGCCCAUGCCAAAGUCAAUAGUUUUCAGAUUGUUGUACAAACACUGCUCAAAGCACUACGUUCAUUUAUUAUUGAAAGUAGCGAUAAAAAUAAGUGACGAGGCUCUCCAAAUUGUUCUUAUUUAAAAAUGCAGUUACCAAACACUAGGUUAAACAACUGAAAUAUUUAAACUGUUUAGGGUGUCAUCUGUUUUAUCAAUCAUGACUUCAUUCUGUGACUCUCAGUCACUGACUAAUGCAAAAAUCAGGUUAAAAUGAAGUAAAAUAUUUGAAGUCAAUAACUUGAAAAUACUUUGAUCAAAUGAA